AUGGGUUCAUCAUCAAUAGUGAAUUCAUGGACAGAAUGGGGUACAUUAGAACUUAUAUGCGUAGGCACAGCUGAAGGUAUGUGCUAUCCCGAUGAAACUCCUUCGUACCCAUGGCAUACGGGAUCCUCUAAUAUGCGUCCGUAUAUUCGUGCAAUUUCUGGUCGACGACCUCGUCGUUGUAUCGACCAAGCACAAGCUCAGUUGGACAAUCUUACCGAAUUACUCCGGGCUGAAUCGAUCGUAGUUGCAAACUCUAUGGAUGAAAUAUUCGACAACAAUAUCGCACAAGUUAUGACUCGAAAACAAUCAUCAAUAGGUCCUAAUACAUUAGAAAAUACUAAUGGGAAAAUUAUCCAGAAGAGCAAGAUUGAUGUGUGCCGACCAUUAAAGGCAUCGGAGGAGGAGCCGCUUUGUUUUAAUCAUCAGCUAUCUACACCACAUUUCAAAUCUCAAUAUCAGUUUGGUCUAGCAUGUCCACGGGAUGUUUUGAUUACGCUAGGUGACACAGUGUUAGAAGCACCGACAUCUGUUCACACCAGAUAUUUUGAAUCUGAAUAUUAUAAACCACUUCUUUAUUCAUUAUGGAAACGUGAUUCGAAUAUGAAAUGGCUUCAACCACCAAAACCAACAUGUUCACCAAUAAAAAUGUUCCAUGACGUGGAUUUCUGGGAAAAACUAAAUACAAAGGAUUAUAAUAAAAUAACUUUUGCUAACAGUGGUUAUAAGACAAAUCUAAAUGAAAAUGAAAUUGCUUUUGAUGCUGCUGAUAUGAUGCGUAUGGGAAAGGAUGUGUUCUAUAAAAAAUCUGCAUCAGCAAAUAAUGAAGGUUUAUAUUGGCUACGUCGUACAUUUCCUCAUCUUCGUUUUCACAUGUUGCAUUUUCCAACUGAUGGUAGUUAUCACUUGGAUGCUUCUCUCGUACCAUUACGACCGCCAACGUCAGGCUCACAUGGUCUUGUACUUAUUAAUCAAGAUUAUCCGCCAUUAGCAAGUGAAAUGAAGCUGUUCACUGAUAACGAUUAG